AUGAGUAUCUUUGAUAUUGUUAUUUGUCAUCAUGUGAUGGAAUAUUUGGAUUUUUACGAGUGGCCAACAGUGAGACCUUACUUGAUUUCUAAAACAUUUAAGGAGGUUUUUAACUCUGAGAAAUUUGCCAAGUUUUUUCUUAUUAGAAAUUUAAGGUUAUCUGAAAAGGAGUUUAAUUCUUUGGAGGAGAUUGUAAAAGACCUAUAUUAUAUUAACGAAUCGGAAAUUGAAGAACAAGAAGAGGUUAAAAAUUCACAUGUUGAGGAUGAAUUCGAUUCACUUGAAGAAGAUGGAGAGAAUGAUACCGAUGAAUCAUCAGAUGAGGUGGAACACUAUUUGCUUCCACCUAGAUAUAAGGAGAAACACUUUGCAAUUCUUGAAAGAAUACCAAAAACUGUGAAUGAAAUAAUGAUAAUGUUUGCUAUAUUAUCAAUGUAUUAUGGUGUUGAAGGAGCGAAACACUCAAUUUCAGAAGGGCUGAAAUAUGAGAGAGGAAUGGAGCCAGAUUUGAAUUUUAAAAAUUGGCUAAGGUUGUUAAUGAAAUUUGAAGUCGACAAUAUAUUGCACAAAGAGUUCAAUAAUUAUCUGAAGAGUGGUUGCCAAUUUCUUUCAGAAAAAUUACGAGAACUGGUACCAAAUUCCAUUCCUAUAGAUGGAAAGGUCACCAAAUUUUUGGAAGGUUCUAUCAAAGAUUUCUUCAUCCUUGAGGGAGAUACACUUGAUAGAAAUGGUGAAAUGUGUACAACACUCAAAAUCAUUAUUUUUACUAGCUCAGGAUUUCCACUCACUAUUGAAUCUUCUUACAAACAUGAUUACGAAACUAAUGAUCCUGUUGAAACUUUUUCAUGCUUUGAUGGUAUUACUACUAUCUCAAAUAGUAUUGAUGAUUUCAAAAAAGUGAAUUGCAUUUCAAAUUAUGGCAGUUUCGAAGCCCUUCAGUCUCUCCUUAUGGAUGAUGAAAAUUGUGAUGAAUACCUAAUGGAACUUGGUUGUAAGAAGGAGCAUUUAGAAUCUUUCAAGAAUUUGACUAUUUAUGGGUUUCUUCAAUGUUCUUUUGGGACUAACAAGUUUAAAUUUAUGCAAAACAGUGACGAACGCUUCUUACCUUUCUUUUAA